CAUCUUCUUUGCGAAAUACGACACACGUAAUCCGUUCGUUGAAUUCAUAUCACCGUGUAAUUCCAUAUAUUCUAUAUAAACCAUUGGCUUGCCGAACUGAAUUGUUGAUCCUACUUUGAAAUUUUCUAUAUCAAGAUUUUCAAUUCUCCUCCAAUUUCAUCUUCAUUUUGGUUCAUUCAUAACAAUUCAUCAUGGUUGAAGAACACCACCACCACCAUCAUCACCACCAUCAGCACCAUGAACAUCACGAUCAGCCCACCCCCAUAGACGCGAAUUCCAAUCCGGCCAACCGUAUUGGGAAGUACCAGGUGAUCAAGACAUUGGGUGAGGGUUCUUUUGGGAAAGUGAAGUUAGCACAACACACAACUACGGGCCAGAAAGUAGCGCUCAAGAUCAUCAACAAGAAGACGUUGGCCAAGUCGGAUAUGCAGGGUCGUAUUGAACGAGAAAUCUCGUAUUUGCGUUUGUUGAGACACCCCCACAUCAUCAAGUUGUACGACGUCAUUAAGCUGAAGGACGAGAUCAUCAUGGUAAUCGAGUUUGCAGGCAAAGAAUUGUUCGAUUACAUUGUGCAACGGGGCAAGAUGCCUGAAGAUGAGGCAAGACGGUUUUUCCAGCAGAUCAUUGCUGCCGUAGAAUAUUGCCACAGACAUAAGAUUGUCCAUCGUGACUUGAAGCCCGAGAAUUUGUUACUCGAUGAUCAACUCAACGUCAAGAUUGCCGACUUUGGUCUUUCCAAUAUCAUGACUGACGGGAACUUCUUGAAGACGUCGUGUGGCUCACCAAACUACGCUGCUCCAGAAGUCAUCUCAGGUAAAUUGUACGCUGGUCCGGAAGUGGAUGUGUGGUCCUCGGGUGUCAUUUUGUAUGUUAUGCUUUGUGGAAGACUUCCAUUUGACGACGACUUUAUUCCAGCGUUGUUCAAGAAGAUCUCCAACGGGGUUUACACAUUGCCAAACUAUUUGAGUGCCGGCGCUAAACACUUGUUGACACGAAUGUUAGUGGUGAAUCCUUUGAACAGAAUCACCAUCCACGAGAUAAUGGAAGAUGAAUGGUUCAAGAAGGAUAUAGCCGACUACUUGCUACCACCCGACUUGUCCAAGACUAUGCACAAUAAGAUCGACGUCGACGAAGACGUCAUCACAGCCCUUACAAUGGCCAUGGGUUACGACAGAUACGAGAUCAUCAACGUCAUCGAGAAGUGUAACAAGCUGUCUACACCUCUGCAACAGUCCAACGAGAUUCUUGAUGCUUAUUUGUUGAUGAAGGAAAACCAUUCAUUGGUCAAGGACUUGAAAAAGUCUAAAUCUGAGAAGGUCGACUCAUUCUUGUCACAAUCUCCACCUCCUUCAUUCAUCAACAGCUCUACUAGUUCAGCUCCAGGAGUUCAACAGUCGCUUACAUACCAGACUUUGGCUACUGUUCCUGAUUUGUCGACGUUACCUAACUCCACCAUUGCCAUAUUGCCCUCAUCGUUGCCCUCUAUUCAUAGAGCAUUCAUGAUGGAACACAAUAAUCAAGCCGUAAUCAACCCAGUUUCCUCCAGAAAACUGAAGACAAGAUGGCAUUUUGGUAUCAGAUCUAGAUCGUAUCCCUUGGAUGUUAUGGGAGAAAUCUACAGAGCUCUCAAGAAUUUGGGUGCCGAGUGGGCUAAACCUACAGAAGAGGAGUUAUGGACCAUUAAGGUCAGAUGGAGAUACGACAGUUGCGAAAUGGAACAGGCCCCUAACUUGAUGAAGAUGCAGAUCCAGCUUUUCCAGUUGGAGCCAAACAACUACUUGGUAGAUUUCAAGUUUGACGGCUGGGAAACGUCUGGUGAACAGUCUUCAUUUAAACAAGAUGCUGAUGAAGUAAGUUCAUUUUCGGCUUAUCCGUUUUUGCAUUUGGCCACGAGGUUGAUCAUGGAGUUGGCAGUGAACAGUCAAAGCGGAUGAUAGAGAUAUGUAGAGCAAUGAGAUACGAG